AUGGGAGGAAAGUGCAGCCGAGGGGGAGAGAGGAGGUCUUUGGGUUUCCCAGGCUUCUCUGCGCUGUGUUGCUGUCAGAAAAAGAGUAGGGAAGAGACACCCUUGGGUUUCUGUGAUAUUAAGGCACGGAGAAACAACUCGUGCUUUGGAAGGGAGGAUCCUGCUUAUUUAGACAUGGCAUACUUCCCUGACAAUGAUCUGCACAUGGCGGCCUGUGCAGGAGAUUUACCUUUUAUGCGGCUGUACUUCACUCUGGGCAAAUACGAAGUCAAUCACAGAGACAGGGAAAAUAGGAAUGCCAUGCACUUUGCCUGCUUCUAUGGACAUUUAGAACUGGUGAUCUAUCUCUGGAGGCGUGGCUGUGAGAUUAAUGUGUGUGACAAUCAUAACAUCACACCCCUGAUGAAGGCUGUCCAAAGCUGGGAAGAUGAAAUUGUGUGUUUUCUGCUAGAGCACCAUGCUAACCUGCACAUUAAAGACAGCAGGGGCAACACUGCCCUGCACUAUGCUGUCUAUGGUGGGAAUUCAGCAAUGGCUGCCAGGCUGCUAGAGUAUGGAGCAGAUAUUGAGGAAAGGACAAAAGAUAACCUCACGCCACUCUUGCUUGCUCUCAAGGAGAACAGACUGAAGAUGGCACAAUUCUUAGUCAGGAUGGAAGCAAGCGUGCAUGCCGUUGACUCACAGAGGAGAAAUUCUCUCAUGUAUGCUGUAAGAUGUGACUGUCCAGUUAUGGUCAACCUUAUUCUUCAGCAAGGUGCUGACAUAAACUUGAAAGAUUUAUUUGGAUGGACUGCUUUACGUUAUGCUAUUGAGGGUGAUCGUGAUGUGUAAGUAAUUCUAGUUAACAUUAAUUGUUUCGAAUAACCACACAGAUGAGAUUUCAUUGUCAGUUUCAGUUGUUUUGAAAGGGAAGUGAGUUAGUCCAGUUCAUCAUCUGGAAACCAAGCAAAGUGAUGGAUUAUUUAGAAGUAGAAAUGGGUGCAGGAUAU